AUGGAUGGAAAUUCUUUAAGAAGUGUUCAUCCGGAGUUAUAUGAGGCUUCUCUCUUAAAAGGGGUAGUGGUUGGGGUGAUGGGAGGAUGGAUAGAUGGAAAUUGGGUUUGGGGUGAUCUCGACAUACCCGAAGCUUUUUUGAUGGAGAGGGGGUUGGAGGGGAAGAAUAUUUUAUUACUGGAGAGUUUAUCGCAAUAUGUAGGUCCGAAGGAGACUAUGGAGAACGAUGAUGUGUGGUGGAUUGGGAGUGAUGGAGCGGAUUUAUCUGUGGCAUCUUGUUAUGAAUUCUACGAGAGGAGCUUAAUACCUUUCGGACCUUAUGGCAAGCAUGAUGAGGCUUAUCGCCAUAUGUGGAAAGCCGAUGUGCCUUUUAAAAUUAAGGUGUUUGGUUGGAGACUUCUUCUUGAUAGGCUUCAUACUAAAGAGCUAUUGGUUCGUAGAGGUAUCCCUUUCCCUUUAGAAAAAUUUUGUUGUACAUUGUGUGAGUAUGGUGUAGAAAAUAGGAAGCAUUUCUUUUUUGGUUGUAGAGUGGUUAAAGAGAUUUGGAAUGAAAUAGCUCUUUGGGUGGGUAAAGUGGGUGGAGUGGAGGAUGAAUGUCUAUCGAAUUUUAUGGAUUGA